AUGGACGCAGACAAGAUCCUCUCUGAGAAGCUCGUUCUGGAGAAGACGAAGGUAAAAUCAUUGGGCGAUGUGCAGCGGCUCGACCUGUGGGGCGAGGGACUCACCGACAUCUCCCUCGUGGCGAAGCUUCCCCGGCUCCAGGUGCUUGCCCUUGCAUCGAACAACGUGUCCUCGCUGAAGGCGUUCCAAGGCUGUAGCAUGCUACAGGAGUUGUACCUGCGCAAGAACACAGUGGCGGAUCUCCGCGAGGUGUCGGCCUUGCGGGUGCUGCCAACGCUUAGCGUGCUGUGGCUCCGUGACAAUCCAUGUGCGCAACAUCCGUACUACCGCGAGUUCGUCUUGUAUUGUUGUCCAAGACUGCGACAGUUGGAUGGGGUCGAGGUCACCGAAGAGGAGCGCAAGGCAGCGGAAAAGCGCAUGACAGCCAAGGCAGUGGACGAAAUUCUCGCCAGCACCGCAUCCCCCGAAGCAGCCUCGUCUCCCCGACCCAAGAGGGCCUCUGGAAGUGACAGUGUUGGUCCUUCCAAAACGACAGACGCCACCCCAUCGAGCGUAUCGGGCGGUAACUCUGACUGCAUUGCUACGAUUGAGGAGCGGACUGCCAGUGGUAAGGCGGUCCUGUUCACCACCGUUUCCGCCCAGCGCGCGAUGCUGCUUUCCAUUGUGUCUCUGCUGUCGGAGUUGACUGUGGAGUCGCUGGAGUUGCUGCAGCGCGAGGUGCAGGAGCGCAUCGAGAAGCAGAGGGAGAAGCUUACCAAGUACUCACAGGAGAACUCGCAGUAG